AUUUGAUAACGAUAAAAUUGACGAUCAUGGAGGAAGAUUCUAUCUAUGCAUGUCCGCCAAUGUUGGUGAGGUUUAUAGCUUUGUUCAAGAUUGCACACCUGUUUGUUUAACAGUUAGGCUGAGAUCGGCUAUGUCUUUGUUCAUGGUCGCUAAAAAAUUCCCUGAUGCUGUCAUAUUUUAUGGUUUGGGUUGGGGGGACAUACAUAUGAUUGAAUAUCACGUGCGUUUGUAUGGUUUGAACAGUUGGCAACUCGUAUUACAUUAA